UACCGGUUUCUAUGGUAACAGAGGUUGUUACAAAUUCUCUCGCUUUGCUGUAACAGCAUUCACAUUUUGACGGAAAUCUAUUCACAGCAUUUGACGGAAAUCUAGAGACCUUUGUGGACAUAAAAUUCAUGUCGUAAUCAAGAAGACUCAACAAGAUCUGCUGAGGGUAACUAAAUAUCAUAAGCAUCUUAUUUGACCUUAAUAAGGCUUUUAGUUGUGUGCAUCAGAAAUGUUCAAGAAUACGUUUCAGAGUGGAUUUCUAUCCAUUCUCUACAGCAUUGGCAGCAAACCUCUGCAAAUUUGGGACAAAAAGGUUCGUAAUGGACACAUCAAGCGAAUCACAGACAGUGACAUACAGUCACUAGUGUUGGAAAUUGUGGGUGUGAAUGUGAGCACAACAUACAUCACAUGUCCUGCUGAUCCACGCAAGACACUGGGCAUUAAGCUCCCUUACCUUGUUAUGAUCGUGAAAAAUCUCAACAAAUAUUUCACUUUUGAAGUGCAGGUCUUGGAUGACAAAAAUGUUCGGCGGCGCUUCCGAGCCAGCAACUACCAGAGCACGACUCGUGUGAAGCCUUUCAUCUGCACGAUGCCCAUGCGCCUUGACGAAGGAUGGAACCAAAUAGUCUUCAACUUGGCCGAUUUUGUCCGUCGGGCUUACGGCACGAACUACGUUGAAACUCUGCGUGUGCAAAUUCACGCCAACUGCAGAAUUAGAAGAGUGUAUUUUGCUGACCGCUUAUAUUCUGAAGAAGAACUGCCCGCUGAGUUCAAACUCUACCUCCCAGUGCAGACCAAAAGCAAGCAGGCUACUGCUCUGUAGUGCCUUACAACUAGUCUACAUUUUCAUCUAGCACUCCUUGCUUUAACCCUAUUUGUACUCAAGGUACCUCUUAAUACCAGUAUACUUCAAGUACGACUAGUACCAUUAAUAAUCGGAUGUGUGUAUAUCCGUAGAAAAAUGGUUAAGCAAGUCAGUAAAAAAAGUCAUCAAAGAAAACUGUAGAAAGAUAGAGAUUUACAGUAGGUAGUUUGAUCGUAGAGGCGACGUUUGCAUACUCGUUACGAUUUCAAUACAGCGUAUGCGUUUUCUGUUGGUUGUUUAUUUCCGUUAACUUUGAAGUGAUCCCUUCAUACUCCCUAUGCAAGGGCCAGGAAAUUUGUGUGUAUUCAUGCAAUUUCAUAUAUUAUGUUCUUACCACCGAAUUUUCGCAGCAAUUUUUAACUUUAAUGACGUAAAUUAAAUGCGUAAAAAAGUAAAGCAUGAAGUACAUACCCGUUUGCAGUGAACAAUAAUGAAUUUAAAAUUGUUUAAAGUUCUUGUAUGUCCAUGAUUUGACAACGCUAUUUUGAAAUGUGUAUCUAAUGUAUCUGGGUAAAUUUGAUGUUGCGCGAGUGAAGGAAGGAGAUACUUAAUGUUUCUGACUAAAUGUGACAGUAUAACUAGAUAGUGAAGGAACGAGCGCAUCCAUUGAGAGUGUUUCUGCUCUGUCGCCCCCUUCUUCUGCUGAAUUAUUAGGAUGCGGUCAGUCAUGCAGUGAGCGGGUCGUUGGCCUAAAUCCUUAACAUUUUUACCAUGUACGUACUCAAUUUUUACUAAUAAUUUUCAAAGAUAAUUCUUCAUGACAAUUUUCAACUUUGAGUUUGAUCGCCAUGCACUGUUCGUUCUGCUGAAAACUAUUUUGAAAAUUCCUGUGGUCGCAUUUUUUAUUUGAAAUUUAAUUCUCGGUCUAUGUCUCAUCAUCGUUUUGGAUGUUAUUACUUCGAUAGAAUUUGUGUUCCUAUUAUUCAUGAUACUUCUUUCCUCUCACUGAUCUUUUUUCGUGAAAUGUGUUGAAGCUUUCUAUGAAGUGGCGGCGUGAUUUACAGCAGUUCAGAUACAACUACAGGUGCAUCACACAACAACUGAUGUAAACUGAAGUCUUUGACAGAUUAGGACUAUUUAAUUCUCACUACAGGUACACCGUACAACAACUGAUGUAAACUAAAGUCUACGACGGAUUAAGACUAGGUAUUUAAUUUUCAUAAAACUUUUAAAUUUCGUUU